GACUGGAUCACACGAUCCAUGUCUGCAUAAACCGCUAGGGCGCGGAACCGCGUAGAAGUGGGCGGCAGGCCUGGCGGCCGCUGGCUCUUUGGCCGUCGAAGACGAGUUCUAACUCAGCUCGCCUAGCAUGGAGGCGCCGGCACCGGCGGCGGUGGCAGAAAUCUCAGAUUUCGAUCCCCGCAAAGACGCUGAUUCUGUCGUAGAGGAGAUCGCCAGAUUGGAGAGAAAGAUCUUCCCCAAGCACGAAUCCCUCUCCAAAUCCUUCCACGACGAGCUGCGGAAGAAGAACAGCGGACUCAUCUACCUCAAGAUCUCUACGGGCAAAGAUGAAGAGAUCAUUGGCUACGCCAUGUACUCCUGGAUAUCUUCCCUCUCUGCCUCCAUCACCAAACUUGCUGUGAAGGACAACUACAGAAGGCAAGGGCAUGGAGAGCUUUUACUGAGAGCAGCCAUUGAAAAGUGCAGGACAAGAAAGAUCCAGAGGGUUUGUCUUCAUGUUGAUCCUGCUAGAAUUCCUGCUCUUUUACUUUACAGAAAGCUUGGUUUUCAAAUGGAUGGAUUGAUUCAUCAAUACUACUCCCCAGAAAGAGACGCCUAUAGAAUGUUCUUGGAGUUUGAUGAAUAGAUUCAGGAUCAUUAGGAUUUGCUGGUCAUUCAGUCUCCAUGACAGUUGCUUGCUUAUUGAACAGUAGACCUCAUGGACAACAGUUGUAGUGUGGAUGGUGUUCAUGUGAGUUUGGUGUGUGAAUCUCCUCCGUACUCGUUUGUUUUUUAGAUAAACGAGAAUAAGUCUUAUUGUUUUUCAAAGAAAGUUAGCCGCACGCCGUAGCGCAGAUAGUAAAUGUUUGAUAUUUUUUUUUUGUGUAACGAAGGAGUCGAUUCUCAUACAUUGGUGAUUUAGGGGGUGUUUGAUUAAAUGAUGGGAAUAAUUAUGGAUA